UGUGUUUCAGUAUCGAAUCGUCAACAUCGCCACGUUCGAUUAAUUGCACUGUUAUGGUUUGACACCAUCAAAAUAUCGGGAAUUAUUUAUAUACUGACGUGGUUUUGUACUUUAUAAACACUUAUUCAUAAGUCUCAGUAAAAUUAAUUUGUUUUUUAAAAUUUGAAACCAUGCCUCUUAAACUUGAUGUGAAGCGGAAAUUGCUGGCUCGCUCUGAUAGAGUUAAAUGUGUUGAUCUUCACCCUACAGAACCAUGGAUGCUUGCUAGUUUAUAUAAUGGAAAUGUUCACGUCUGGAAUCAUGAAUCACAGCUUCUUGUCAAAUCAUUUGAAGUGUGUGACCUCCCUGUAAGAGCAGCUAAAUUUGUUCCCAGGAAAAAUUGGAUAAUUACCGGCUCAGAUGAUAUGAAUUUAAGAGUCUUCAACUACAAUACUUUAGAAAGGGUACACAUCCUUGAAGCACAUUCAGAUUACAUCCGUUCUAUAGUUAUUCAUCCUACUCAGCCAUUUAUUUUAACAUCAAGUGAUGAUAUGCUUAUAAAGUUGUGGAACUGGGAAAAACAAUGGACAUGCACUCAAGUCUUUGAAGGACAUACUCAUUACAUAAUGCAAAUUGUGAUUAAUCCUAAGGACAAUAAUACUUUUGCUAGUGCUUCUCUAGAUCGUACAGUGAAGGUAUGGCAGUUAGGAUCUACAACCCCUAAUUUCACCUUAGAAGGCCAUGAGAAAGGUGUCAAUUGUGUUGAUUUUUAUCAUGGUGGAGAUAAACCUUAUUUGAUUUCAGGAGCUGAUGACAGACUGGUUAAAAUAUGGGAUUAUCAGAACAAAACUUGUAUUCAGACAUUAGAAGGUCAUGCUCAGAAUAUAUCUGCUGUCACUUUUCAUCCUGAGUUACCUAUCAUUAUGACAGGUUCAGAAGAUGGUACCCUAAAAUUGUGGCAUGCAAAUACCUAUCGUCUUGAAACUACUUUGAAUUAUAAUUUAGAGAGAGUUUGGACCAUUGCUUGUUUAAAAGGAUCUAAUAGUGUUGCAGUAGGUUUUGAUGAAGGAAGCAUAAUAAUGAAGCUUGGUCGAGAGGAACCUGCCAUGUCUAUGGAUGCUUCUGGAAAAAUAAUAUGGGCUAAACAUUCAGAGCUACAGCAAGCCAAUCUCAAAGCCAUGGUUGAUGCUGAUAUUAAAGAUGGGGAAAGGCUACCAUUAGUUGUGAAAGAUAUGGGAAGCUGUGAAAUUUAUCCUCAAACUAUUUGCCAUAAUCCCAAUGGAAGAUUUGUAGUUGUGUGUGGAGAUGGUGAAUACAUAAUUUAUACUGCUAUGGCACUAAGAAAUAAAAGCUUUGGUACUGCACAAGAAUUUGUUUGGGCUCUUGAUUCUUCAGAAUAUGCUGUACGAGAAAACACUACAUCCGUUAAAAUAUUUAAAAAUUUCAAGGAGAAAAAAGUUUUCAAACCUGAAUAUGGUGCUGAAGCUAUAUUUGGUGGUAAUAUGCUUGGGGUGAAAUCUAUCAGUGGACUAGCAUUCUACGAUUGGGAAAGUCUAGACCUUGUUCGAAGAAUUGAAAUUCAGCCAAAACAUGUGUAUUGGUCAGAAAGUGGUGAGCUUGUUUGUAUUGCUACCGAAGAUACUUUUUACAUUUUGAAGUAUAACUCAGAAGCUGUUGUCAAAGCAAGGCACUUCAAAAACCAAAUACCAGAAGAUGGAAUUGAGCAAGCUUUUGAUGUUCUUGGUAUGCACAUGGAGACUGUUAAAACUGGUUUAUGGGUUGGAGAUUGUUUUAUCUAUACAAAUUCUGUUAACAGAUUAAAUUAUUAUGUUGGAGGAGAAAUUGUCACCAUAGCUCAUUUAGACAGGGUGAUGUAUCUUCUUGGUUACAUUCCUAAAGACAGCAGGCUAUACCUUGGUGAUAAAGAACUAAAUGUUGUAUCAUACUCCCUAUUACUUUCAGUAUUAGAAUACCAAACAGCUGUUAUGAGGGGUGAUUUUGAAACUGCACACAGUGUCCUUCCAUCUGUCCCAUAUGAGCAACGAACUAGAGUUGCACAUUUCUUGGAAAAACAAGGUUUUAAAUCUCAAGCUUUAGUUGUGUCUACUGAUCCUGAUCAUAAAUUUGAGCUUGCUCUUCAGUUGGGAAAUCUUACUGUUGCAUAUACUCUGGCAAAAGAAGCUAUGUCUGAGCAAAAAUGGAAGCAGUUAGCUGAAUUAGCCAUGUCCAAGUGUGAUUUUGUACUUGCCGAAGAAUGCUUGCAUAAUGCUAAAGAUUUUGGUGGCCUCUUAUUACUUGCAACUUCCUCUGGAAAUGCAAAUAUGGUAGAAAAACUAGCUCAAAGUUCUGAAACAGGAGGAAUAAAUAAUGUUGCUUUUAUAAGCUAUUUUCUUUUGGGAAAGAAAGAAAAGGCUUUAAGUAUGCUGGUUGAAACAGGUCGCUUACCUGAAGCUGCAUUUUUCGCUCGUACAUAUUUACCCAGUCAAGUGCCUAAAAUUGUCAAAUUGUGGAAGGAAAGCUUAAUGAAAGUCAAUGAAAGGGCUUCUAAUGCAUUAGCGAAUCCAGAAGAUUAUGAAAAUCUUUUUCCUGGUUUAGAUGAUGCUGUCAAGGCUGAACAGUAUAUGAAGCAAAACCAAAUUCAGCAGCUUGCAUCCAAUUAUUUAACUGUGACACCAAAUUAUGAAAGGAAUCCAAUAGAAGAAAUGAAAGAGGCAGAAACUGCUGGUACUUUUACAUAUAUACCUGAAGAUGAUGUUAAAGAAAACCAACAUCCUUUGCCUACGGGUGCUGGAGAUGCUGAAUCUUUUCAAUCUUCGUAUGAAAUUCCUAAAUUUGUAGAUGCUGUUUGCGACGAUCAAUCAUUAACCAAAGAUUCUGCUAAAAGCUACGGAUUUGAAGAUACAACUCAAAAAGACAGCUCCUCAAAUGAAUUAAAUAUUGAUGAAGCUAAAAUGUUAGAUGAGAUGGAAUUGGAACUUGAUAUUAAAAAUUUGAAUUUAGAUGAAAACAUUGAUGCAGAUAUCAACUUUGAUGAAGAUCUGUUAAGUGAAGACUAGUUUAUUUGUUAUGUAUUGUUUGAUUAUAUUUGGGAUUCAACGAAAAAAAAAUCAAACAUGAUAUGAACUUUACAUCACUUGAUUAUUUUUACUACACAUCUCCAUUCUUAUUAAGUUAACUUUCAUGAACUGAUUUAUUACUGGUUAAUAAAGUCUGAGACUAAGAUUUUAUUAUAUUAAGUUUCAGUAGAUAUUGUAAAAUAAUUAUAGAGUGCUUUUCAAUUCACAUAUAUAUAUAUUUUUAGGGUUAUAUCUCUGUGUAUUUUCCUCUUAUACUUUAGCCACACAAUAUAUAUUAUUGAUUCAUUGUAAAAAAAAUAAUGUUUCUUUAUACGAUCAUUAGUGUCUUUUCCUGAAAUUAUAAUUUAUCUAAUAUGGUAUUAUCAGAUAAACUUGUAUAUACUUUGUAAGGCUGUAAUAAAUUGUUUUUAUUCCUUUA